AUGUACCCAUUCAAUGUAGAUGUUGUGAAAUGCCCUGAGAAUGAUCCCCUUCCUAUUCCACAUGAGUGGUACCAGCCGGGUGGCCUCAUUAUCGGUGGAAUUGCUUCUCAGAUGUUUUAUGACUUUGAUGAACUUUCCUUCAAGAAACAUCCUUCUCAAGGUCUUUUUGAGAUUCCACAUGUGGUGACAAAGUUCUACCAGCACAUCCUUGCCUUGGCAUUUGCAGUGAAUGAGAUCAACAGGAAUCCCAAGGUCUUGCCCAAUGUCACACUUGGUUUCCACAUCUAUGACAGCUAUUACAAUACAAGGAUGACCUACAGGACCACCCUGGAUUUGCUCUACAAACUGCAUAGAUUUGUGCCCAACUACAAAUGCGACACUCAGAAAAAACUGGUAGCCAUCAUUGGGGGCCUUGGUAUUGAAACCUCCUCCUGUAUAGCAGAGGUCUUACAAAUUUACAACAUUCCACAGCUCACAUAUGGCUCAUUUGCCUCAGAAGAGAUUGAAGCCAUGAAGAUUUCAAACUUUUACCAUUUGGUCACAACUGAAGAUUGUCAGUAUAUAGGCAUAAUCCAGUUACUUCAACAUUUUGGGUGGACAUGGGUUGGAAUCUUUAUUGUGGAUGACCACAGUGGAGAACAUUUCCUGAAAGUCCUGGAGCCAAUGUUUGCACAUCAUGGAGUCUGUUCAGCCUUCACAGAAAGAAUCCCACAACAAUUUCACCUAGACGAUUGGGAUAAAAAUUAUGAUGUAAUGUCAAGCAUUUCUUUCCGAUUCGGGGAUCCCAAAGUCGGUGUAUUUAUCUUGUAUGGAGAAGCUUUGACUAUUGCAACAUUGAGAACAGUGAUAUUUUUGCACGGUCCUGAGAACAAGAGAAACACAUCCUUUGGAAAAGUAUGGAUUAUAACAAGUCAGAUUGAUUUCAUAUCAACUGGUCUUGAGAAAGGUUGGGAUUAUCAGCUGUUUGAAGGUUCCAUUGCAUUCAUGAUUCACUCAAAAGAUAUUUUAGGGUUCAAGGAAUAUCUUGAGAGCAUAAAGCCUAACUGGACUCAAAGAACAACCUUUCUCAAAGAUUUCUGGGAACAGGCGUAUGAUUGUAUAUUUCCAGAUAUAAGCAUGUUGGCGGAAAGCGAUGAAACAUGUACUGGACAGGAAAAGCUAGCUAGUCUUACUUCAGAUCUUUUUGAAAUGCACAUGACUGGCCAAAGCUACAGUAUCUAUAAUGCUGUUUAUGCUUUAGCUCAUGCUUUGCAUUCCUUGGACAUAUUUAGAUCCAAGCCCAGGUCAAUGGUGGGGGUUCAUGGUGUUGACCUUCAGUCUUUGCAGCCUUGGCAGCUCCAUGCAUAUCUUGAUGGCAUUGUGUUUAACAACUCAGCAAAGGAAACCAUGUCAUUUAAUGAAAAAAGGGAAAUGGGAGGAGGAUUUGAUGUUGUGAAUAUGGUGACCUUCCCAAACAAGUCCUUCCAGAAAGUGAAAGUUGGUAGGUUGGAUUCCAGUGCUUCUGAAGGAGAAGAACUCACAUUUAAUGAGGAUAUGAUUGUGUGGCACAGAUGUUUUAACCAGGUGCUUCCCAUUUCUGUCUGUAACAAACACUGUCAGGCUGGUAAUCAGAAGAAAAAGAAGGAAGGGGAAAAGUUUUGCUGCUAUGAUUGCAAUCCAUGCUCAGAAGGGAAGGUUUCAAAUGAGACUGAUAUGAAUGACUGUUUCAAAUGCCCAGAAGAUCAUUAUCCAAACAAGAAUAAACAUAGUUGCAUCCCAAAAGUUAUGAACUUCCUGUCUUAUGAUGAACCUUUAGGGAUCAGUUUAACCUCAGUUGCCAUUUCUUUUUCCCUGAUCACAGCCUUGGUGCUGGGCAUUUUCAUCAACCAGAGAGAUACGCCCAUAGUCAAAGCCAAUAACCAGGACCUCACCUACACUCUGCUCAUCUCCCUCCUCCUCUGCUUCCUCUCUUCUUUGCUAUUCCUCAGACAACCAGGGAAACUGACCUGCCUUCUCCGACAACCAACUUUCGGCAUCAUCUUCUCAGUGGCUGUUUCUUGUGUCUUGGCAAAAACCACACUUGUUUCCCUGGCAUUCAGAGCCACAAAGCCUGGAUCUGGGUUAAAGCGAUGGGUUGGGAAAACACUGGCUCAUUUCAUUGUCCUUCCAUGCUCCCUUAUUCAAGCCACCAUUUGCAUUAUCUGGCUGGCAACCACUCCUCCUUUCCCUGACUUUGACAUGCACUCUGUGACUGAAGAAAUCAUUCUGAUAUGUAAUGAAGGCUCAGUCACCAUGUUUUACUGUGUCCUGGGCUACAUGAGUUUCCUGUCCAUUGCCAGUUUCAUUGUGGCCUUCCUGGCCCGUAAGUUACCUGACAGUUUUAAUGAAGCCAAGUUUAUUACAUUCAGCAUGUUGGUGUUUUGCAGUGUGUGGAUCUCUUUUGUCCCCACUUACCUAAGCACAAAAGGCAAAGCCAUGGUGGCUGUGGAGAUCUUCUCCAUCUUGUUCUCCAGUGCUGGGUUGCUGUGCUGCAUCUUUUGCCCCAAAUGCUACAUUAUUGUUUUGAGGCCCGAACUGAACAGCAGGGAGCACCUAAUAAGGAGAUAG